UGGGCGCCCCGGGCGGAACCCUGCAGGAUACGGCCGCCUGAGGCCUCCCAGCCCCUCGGGGCGCCCGCCGGGGCCCUCCGUUCCCACAGACCCGAGGGAAAAAACCCUCAAAAACCUCUCAAAAAAACCGCGAAGUGGGAAAAGCAGCGCCGCGUGCGGCGCUCCGGGCCCGUCAGACCCCGGGGAAGUCCCGGCCCGGCCCCGAGCCCCACCCCGCGCCCAUGGGCUCGGCCCCGCCUGGGUGAGGCCGCUGCGCCCGGCCCACCUGUCCGACAGGUUGGAGUUGGGCCGACUCGGAGCGCUCCGCAGGCCGCGGCCCCGCCGCCCUCAGCUCCGCUCCGUGGUGAAGCCGGCGGGGAUGGGAGCCUAAUCCUGUCCUGACACCCUGAAAUACGGAAGAGCUGCUUCCCAACCCCUGGCAGCACUGAGCGCGCCGCCCCAUGGCUGCUGCCGACCCCACGCUGCCCCUGGAGGAGGUGGCUCUGCUGGAGCUGGGGAAAGCGGCCCCAGAUGCGGAUCCUUCAGCCCCAGAUGAUCAUCGCGGGGAUCCUGAUGCCACCCUGCUGUGGGACCAGCGCCAGCAUGGCGCGCGGGGGCAGCCGGAACCCACAGAGACCAAAAGGCGCUCGAGCCCCGAGGGGGCCCAUGAUGACCCUGAAGAGGGAACUCCUGCUUGCCCCCCCCCUGAGGCUGAUGGGGAGGGAGAUCCCGGGCUUCCCGUGAUGGCAGCGCACGUCUUUGUGCCCAUUGACCCCCACUGCAUCGAGCGGACACCCGGGGAGCAGAAGAAGAAGCAGCAGCCCAUCCCGCAGCCCUGGGAGGAGGGCAGGGGGGGCUGUGUUCCCCCCAGGGACGGACCCAACAGCGUCCUCCCAAAGCAGGCCUUCCUCCCUGCCGGCCCCUCGCAUUUCCGGGGCCCGCUGAUCUUUGAGGGGCAAGCAGCCAAGCCGCCAGCCGAGGGGCCGUGCCGCUCCUGUGCCGGGCUCUGCAGCAGCGCCACCCUCAAGGCUGUGGCCUCGGUGGUGGGGGCUCUGUUCCUCUGCCCCUGCCUCAUUUACGGCGCCUACAUCUUCCUGCCCUUCGACGCGCCGCUCCUGCCCACCGUCAGCACACGGCUGGUCUACACGCUGCGCUGCGCUGCCUUCGCCACCGUCCCCAUCGUCCUGGGGAUGAUCGUCAGCGGCAUCUCACGCCUCUGCUCCUCGGCGCUGGAGCCUUUUGGAAAGCUGCAGCGGGAGGUGGAGAUCCAUCGGACCUACGUCUCCCAGUCCGUCCAACUCUUCAUCCUCUACUUCUUCAACGUGGCCGUGCUGGCCACAUACCUCCAGCAGGAGCUCCUCAAGCUCAUCCCCCUCUUCACAGGGCUCUUUGCCAUCUCCCGGCUGAUCUACUGGCUCUCCUACGCCUUUGGACGCUCCUUCCGCGCCUUCGGCUUCGCCAUGACCUUCCUGCCCCUCCUGGCCAUGCUGCUCUGGAACCUGUACAACAUGUUUGUCCUGGAGCCUGAGAACCUCCUGGCCGUGGCGACGGCGAAGCCCGAGGAGAGCUCCCGGCAGAGCAGGGCCAGACUGCGGUACUGGGGCUGAGCCUCCCUGCAAGCCCUGGGUUGGGGGGCAGAUCCCGGGGCUGCACUUCUUCCGUGGGUCUCCCAGCGCACCCCCCAUGAGGUGGGGAGCAGGAGGAUCAGUGAGCUCAGGAUGAGGGCGGGGGUUGCCAGAGCUCCUCCUGGGACCAAUAAAGCCCUUCAGCUGAA